AAAUAAGCACUGAAAAAUAAGCCAAAAAAAAAGAUUUUUUGCUUUUUACGAAAACUUUCUUCUAAAUGUGAAAUCGAUCAAUGCAUCAAAAAGUGGUGUUUAAAAUCUUAUGAUCAACUCAAUAACUAAAUCAUCUUAUUUGUGUCCACACUUGGGAAUCAGUUCAAAUCUUUGAGUUCACAAAUAUAUAAAGUGUUAAUUAGUUAAAACGCCUUCUAAGUGUUAACUAUUUUGAAAUAGUUUUUAUUUUGGUGUUUAAGUUAAUAAUUGGCAAAUGAAAGAGCUGGUUUUUUUGAGAAACACGCCCUGCCUGUUCAUAUAUUGUAACUAGCGCGUGUUCAUAUCGGAUCAGAUCAUAGUGCCAAUAAUAGUCUCAUUCGGCAGCAAGUGGUGAAAAAACGCAAUAUCUUAAGUAACAAAAAAAGUAAUAAUAAUUAUUUGAAAAAUUCUUUAAUAUAACGGUUAUGGUGUUUCUUUAACUAAGAAAAUCUCUCCAAAAGCUUGAAGAAUAUUGAAUGAAUAAACAAGUGUAUAAUACAUAAAUUAUAUACACAUAACAAAUACUUAUAAAUAUAAUCUACAUUAAAGCAUAGAAGAAGCAUCACCAACAACAAAGCCCCAGCAUAUUCAAGACAAUUGAGACUACAACACAAAAGUCAACAACAAUUCCAUCAACAUUGAAUGCUGACAAAGUGAAAAUUGAAGAUCUCUACUAUACAUCAUCCAUGAUUUGCAUUUCACGUCCCGUAGCAACUCGAAGUCUGUGGAAAGUAAACAGCACAUGUGUAAUGGCCCUGCUGCAGCAACCAUAAAUUACUGAAAGCUGUAGAUUCCUUUUUCCCAUGGAGUUGUUCAACGAUCGAUGAAUUUGAGAAUCUUUAAAAGACCCAAACAUUUUUGUGAUAUUUGACUAAAUAGUUCCAGUUAUUGCACCUUUAGCACAACAAGAGCACUAGAAAACUUUAUACUACACUUCAACUACCUCAUUUACUUACUUCUAAGAACUGCAAACUUCAGCCAAACUCCCUUAAACUAAAUACACAUUCCAAAAUGGUACAUGCACCAGCAAAGAAAAAGUCCAAUGGUACUACAAAUACCAACAACAACACAACCAAACAAUUCGAAAUGGAGUUGGAGGAACCACAACAGCCGAUACCACCAGAUGGAGGCUGGGGUUGGAUGGUGGUGUUUGGUUCGUUUAUGAUACAUAUCAUCACCGAUGGCAUGACAUAUUCCUUUGGCCUGUUCUACGACGAAUUUCUGGUAUAUUUUAAUGAAGGCAAGGGGUAUACAGCCUGGAUUGUCUCCAUUAUGGUGGGUGUGACAUUUGCCUCGGGUCCAAUUUCAUCGGCAUUUGUUAAUCGUUAUGGUUGUCGAGCUGUAACAAUAGCGGGUUCUAUUCUAACUGCCGUUUGCAUUGUCAUUAGUACUUUAGCACAGAAUGUCCUUACACUCAUCAUAACCAUAGGCUUAGGUACCGGUUUGGGCCUGGGUCUAAUCUAUCUGCCAGCCAUAGUCAGUGUCAGUACUUAUUUUGAAGCCAAGAGAUCAUUGGCCACCGGUAUUGCAGUAUGUGGUUCUGGUUUCGGCACCUUUGUUUUUGCCCCUUUAAUGGAACAACUCAUGGGCUCAUAUGGUUGGCGAGGAGCUCUACUCAUUGUGGGAGGUAUUGUGCUGAAUUGUAUUAUAUUCGGUGCCAUGUUCCGGCCCCUGGAACCCCCCAAGCCAGCAAGUACAAAAAAAGCCAUUAUAGACAAUCAUACAACAUCAGCUGAAUUGGAACCACUCAAGCCAAAUAUCAAACAAGCUGAUCAAUACCUACAACUGCCAAAAAGUGAAACCAACGGUUUAAGUAGAUCCAAUAGUGUGGGUCAUACAUUCAAAAAUAAGGUCAAUAAUUCAAAUGGUUCUUCCAAUGGCAAACUUGAUAUUUCCGUGGUCUCCAAAAGCAACAGCCAUGAUGAUAUGAUACGCCCCUCACUAAGUCAACCACAUUUGGGUCAAAUGCAAAGAGAGCUGCAGAGGGAGCUGCAUCGUGAGAAGUCGGGCAGUGGAACAAUGUACAGGCCAGAUAUUUUAUAUCAAGGUUCCUUGCACAACAUUCCCGAAUAUGUGCGUUCUCGCCAAGAUCUUACGGGUUCGGGAGCUAUACAACGUUAUGGAUCUGUGAGACAUUCACAGUUGCAUUUGAGCCAGGAAGAGGAAAUAGUCAGAUGCUGUGGCAUUACCUGUUCCCGCGAAACUCGUGACACCAUGCGUGAAAUGAUGAAUUUCGGUUUACUUAGCGAUGUAAUCUUUGUAAUUUUUGCCAUAUCGAAUUUUUGCACCAGUAUCGGUUUCAAUAUGCCCUAUGUGUACAUUGUGUCCCAGGCCAAGGCUUUACAAUUGACCGGUGAACAGUCCUCCUAUUUAAUUUCAACAAUUGGUGUGGCUAAUACGAUAGGCAGAAUUAUAUUGGGUUAUAUCUCCGAUAAACCAUGGGUCAAUCGUUUGUGGGUCUACAAUGUGUGUUUGACCAUUUGCGGCAUUGCCACAGCGAUGUGCCCCCUCUGUACUGGUUUCAAUUCGUUGGCCUUUUAUUGUUCGGUGUUUGGUUUCACCAUUGGUGCCUAUGUGGGUUUGACUUCAGUGAUUUUAGUAGAUCUUUUGGGUUUGGAGAAGUUGACGAAUGCCUUUGGUAUAUUGCUGUUGUUCCAGGGUGUGGCUUCACUUAUUGGUCCACCAAUAGGAGGUUGGAUGUACGACAUCACCCUAUCCUAUAGUCCAGCUUUCAUUCUAGCCGGUGUCAUGAUUGCCAUCAGUGGUUUGAUAAUGUUUGUGGUGCCUCCCCUGCAGCGUAGAAUAGCGCGAAAGGAAAUGGAAUUAAAUGCUCACGAUAUUGCUUUAAGUUAGACGCAAAUGAUAUAAUAACAUAAAUAUUAACAUAGUUAUGUAUGUGCUGAGUUUUUUGUACUCUUUAUAACAAUAAUAACUUAAACAAGUUAGUCUUACAACUAGAUAGCUAAAUAUAUAUUGUAUAUGAAAUAUUUUGAUUUUUUUUUGUAAAGACUUGGAAAUACGAAUUGAACUUCCUUAAAAUUUUUAAGAUUGACAAAAAAUCAACAAAACCAAGAAUAUAUCACAAACUAUUCUACAGCUACAGGCAUUAAUUAGGGAUAUAUAAUAAAAAAAAUUAUUACAUAAGUCAUUAAAAAUGAGAAUUUUCUAUAAAAAAUACAAUAAGAAGAUUUUGCAAUGUAAGAAGAAAAUUUGAAUUAUUUUUUUUUUCAUUGAUUUUAGGUUAUAAUUUUAUAGAAUUUGAUCAAUUAUUAUUAUAACUAUUAUUACCUUUAUCAUUGUAAAUAUUUAGCAAAUUUUUCUUUUAAUAUAUGUAAUUAAAUUUAGUUGUACCAAAUUCCUAGCUUGAAAGCCAAGAAACACUAAACCAAAAUUCCCAUUUGAUCAGUCUUAUUGAAUACAUUGAAGGUCAAGUUAAGCUAAGAAAUGCAAUUUUGUUUUUGUUCUUAUACAUCUUUCUGUAAAAAGCAAAAUUCAUUUCUAGUUAACUUAAGUCAGUGAUGAUUGCAUACAAUUACUUCGUAAAAUAAAAAAUAUUUCGAUUUAA